AUGCUUUGCUCUCUUUGCCAAGGCGUGUUAGCGCAGGAGAAUAGAUGUGCGGAAACAAAGCCAUCUGGCCACAGGCUGACCCAUCACAGUACAUGUGCAACCCUAAAGCACUCUGUCGAAAGGGGAUGCUAUGUCUGUAAUCGUCUUUGGGCAAAUCUUGCGCUGGAUGAACGGCAAGUCGUGUCUGCGUCGGGCGACUCAACAGCAGACGACGGUGAUGAUGAAGAAGUUGGAGUCGAGGCCAAGUUUUUGGAAGCGGAGGAUACAUCCGCUGAUUAUAUCACGGCAUCUUCUUUGUCAGACGGCCAGGCAUACGGCUACCCUGGAUGCUACUUGUGGGAACUCGCGUUCAACACAAAUAAAGUAGUCGUUCCCGACAAGACCCAAGACCGGGCUUUUUGGCGAGCCGCUUUUCUGCUGAGUCCCAACAAUGGUAGAAAACCCGUUCAAGAAAAAUGCGAAAUUAUGCCACGUGCGAGCUCUAAUAGAGGUCUAGGGUUAGAGAUGAACAAAGGAUGCGGAACGCUUUCCUCACAUACAAACUCAAACGCAACUCUUACUCUUGCGAGGCGCUGGAUUACAGACUGCGCAGCACACCAUCAGCAAUGCAAGACCUCUUCAAGGGAAAAUCGCUUCUACCCUACUCGUCUUCUAGAUUGUGGGAGACCUGGAGCUUCAGACAUACGCUGUCACCUGAUCGAACCCAGCAUUGCUGCAACCGAUGAGCCGUAUAUAACGCUAAGCCAUUGCUGGGGUGUCACGGACUCUUUGAAGCUUACAACCGAAAACUAUGGCCAGCUACUCAACGGGAUAUCCAUGUCCCUUCUACCCAAGCUAUACCAAGAUGUGGUACACAUUGCCCAUCAACUAAACGUCAGAUAUUUAUGGAUAGAUGCCAUGUGCAUCAUUCAACAAGGGGACCAGCUUGCCGAUUGGCAGCGAGAGGUAGCACUCAUGCGUGACGUGUAUUCCAACUCCUUCUGCAACAUCUCCGCUGCGAACGUACCGGAUAGCUAUCAUUCCAUGUUCGGUUCCCGAAACCCAGAGGCUCUGCAUCCCGAUGUAGUGUACUUGUCAGUUAAUGGUCUCAAUACUACAUACCUUGUUUCUGAUAUCCGACUCUGGGACACUGACGUCUCCCGUGCUGUUGUGAAUACUCGGGCUUGGGUACUCCAAGAGCGGCUGUUAGCCCCCCGAAUAUUACACUUUGGCGCGAGCCAGGUGUUCUGGGAGUGUCGUGAAAAGGAUGCAGCAGAAGUUUACCCGGAUGGUCUUCCUGUGGAUAUCUUUCCGGCGCACAAGCGGUUGAAGGACCUCACCUCGGAUCGCGGCGAGGAUGAGCAAGGUUGUAAGCUUUGGGCGUAUCAAUCCUGGAUCAGGAUCGUCCAGAUAUACUCAGCUUGCGCCUUGACAUUUCCUAGCGAUAAACUCGUUGCUAUUUCUGGCAUAGCGGCGAUGAUGGAGGCUGUUUUAUGUGAUGAGUACAUUGCCGGCAUGUGGCGCCGUCAUUUAGAGAAGGAGCUUCUUUGGUCAAGGGUUGAUAUGCAGUCCGCCAUCCCUGCGCAACCGCAGACAUACCGUGCUCCAAGCUGGUCAUGGGCGGCUGUAGAUGGAGAGAUUAAUCCCGGUUGCGUGGAGGUUGAACCUGAGGAUAUAUUGAUCAAAGUUGUCAGCUUGCGACUGAAGCACAUGGAAAUCGACAAGAUGAGUUUGGCUGAGGGAAGCCGGCUGCGGUUAUUGGGAUAUUUGAAACAGCUGGUCCUGCUUCCUUAUACCUCGGCGCGCGCUACAAAGAGUAACGGAGAUUGGAUCAUGGUCGUCAAUGGAAUGCAAGUGAGCAGACUUACCAACUCUACCAUGCGAGAACCACAGCCCCAUGUCAAGCUCGACGCUUCUCACGUGAGUUUUGAGAAGCAAAACAAAGAAGCAAGCCUCUAUUGUAUGCCAGGGCGAAAACGAAGUGGCGAUGGCGGGAGCAUAUACAUUUUGUUACUGGAACUGGUGAAUAGGGAAAGAGGCAUCUUUCGUCGCAUUGGGCUUGCCCGCGGUUGGGACAAAGCCGUGAUUGAGAGAAUGUUGAGCCACCAUGUCAUGGAAACCCAAUUUCCGUGCGAGGAAUACAAAGACGGCAGGAUCUUACUUGAGAACAAUAACUAA